GCGUUGUUGCCCUGUCGUCCAACAGUAGUAAUGGUGGGGAUGAGCGUUCUCAGGUCGGCUGCUGCCUUUGCAGCCAGACUGACCCCACUUAAACCAGGGAGUUCUCCGGCAAAUCUACUCACUCGAGCAAUUCCUCGAACAGACAAAGCUGCCAUUCGCUGGGGCCAUGGAAAGAAAAUGUUUGUCAUCAAACCCUCUGACUACUACGACAGGAGAUUUCUGCGUUUAUUGCAAUAUUAUGUCCUUCUGACUGGGAUCCCGGUAGCCAUCAUUGUCACAGGGGUCAAUCUCUUCAUCGGUGAAGCAGAGCUGGCUGAGAUUCCUGAGGGCUAUGAACCCGAGCACUGGGAGUACUACAAGCACCCCAUCACCAGGUGGAUUUCAAGAAAUUUGUACGACUCCCCAGUGAAGGACUAUGAAAAGAUGAUGGCUGCAAUUCAGAUCGAAAAAGAAAAGGCAGAUAUGAGACUGACACAGAUGGAGGUACGUCGCCACAUGAGGGAGAGUGGAGAUGGUCCUUGGUUCCAGAUCCCCACCCUCAACAAGGACCUCAUUGACAACAGUCCAAAGGCAUCACCUGACAAUUAAUGAAGACGCCUUUUCAAGAUUUGAUCAACUUCACUGUACAUUUUUCUCUGCGUAAAUAAAAUAUCUCUAAGUAGA